AAUCCUACUGUCGCGAGGAGUCACGCAUCACGCAACUCCCGCACCACGUGACCACCAAUAACAAUCCAUGGCGGCGCACUGUUCUGCAGGACUUGCAGCAAGAUCAGGACUGGGUGGUUUCCUGCGGAGAGUUUGUUGUCGAAGAGGUUGUGGUCCCCCCACAGCCCUCCUGUGUCAGCAGCAUCGGCACUUCUUCUGGAGGAAGUGGAAAAGUUCUCACAAUGUAGUUCGUCCAGCUACUGUUAGGCCUGCCUAUGCAGUACCCAAGCAUAUUGUGCGGCCUGACUAUGUAGGCACUGGACUGGUCCCUGAGUGGCCAGACUACAUAGAGGUCAAAGACCAAGAGCAGAUCGAAGGCCUUGCCAGAGCAUGUCAGUUAGCCAGACACGUAUUGCUACUAGCUGCAGGCAGUCUGAAGGUUGGGAUGACAACAGAUGAAAUAGACUUCAUUGUGCACCAGGAGACAAUCAAACACAACGCCUACCCAUCCCCUCUCAGAUACGGAGGUUUCCCCAAGUCGGUCUGUACAUCUGUGAACAAUGUGGUCUGUCAUGGCAUACCUGACAGUCGCCAACUUCAAGAUGGAGAUAUCAUCAAUAUUGAUGUCACUGUGUAUUUGGAUGGUUACCAUGGUGACACAUCAGAAACCUUCUUGAUUGGCCAGGUGGAUGAAGCUGGGCAGCGAUUGGUGGAGACCGCCAGGCGUUGCAGAGACGAGGCCAUCGCUGCCUGCAAGCCCGGCGAACAGCUCUGUGUUAUAGGAAACACUAUUAGUGAAAUAGCCCAGGCCAAUGGCUUUCAAGUGUGUCCUUAUUUCAUUGGACAUGGAAUAGGCUCCCACUUUCAUUGCUAUCCUGAGAUCUGGCAUCAUGCUAAUGACAAUGACAUGGUCAUGGAUGAAGGGAUGGCUUUCACAAUAGAGCCUAUACUGAUGGAGGGGUCUCCAGAGUUCAGAAUCCUGAAGGACAAGUGGACUGCAGUGUCUGCAGAUGAUAAAAGGUCGGCUCAGUUUGAACACACGGUGGUCAUCACGUCUGAUGGAGUGGAGAUUCUUACCAAACUGCCAGAAGAGAGCGAUCCGUGACCUGAAGGACUCUUAACUGCUGACCCCAGAACUUGAAUGGUGAUUCGCCAGGACAUAUUCAAAACACCUCCUUCGCCCUCUCUAAGGUGUUAAAUUAUUAUUUAUUAGGGAUUACACAUAGGCCUACAGUAUCUGUAUAUUCAUUUGGACUGUAAUGGUUAUUGAAGCAUAUACAGAGAUAAAGGGAUUGUAGGUGCAUUUCAUCACUGAAGUUGAGAUUUUUGCAUGUCUGGGUGUUAAUAAUUUUGGUCUAAGAGAUCCCCACAUCUGUCUGAUCUUUUGUCAGCACCUGACUAGUUUAGCCUGUUUUUAAAGCCAGCACUUGGAUUUGUAGAAUCCUGUAUGACGGACAGUUCAACGGAGCUCAUGACAGUUAAAUGUGACCUGUGACAAAUAAGGUGCAUGUCUACUGUAAUAGUUAAAUGAAAGUAACAGCAGGGUAAAAACAUGGAGUUCAGACACAUCCGCCUAAGAGAUGAAAAGACUUGCCACCAAGAAAACACAAAAAUUUCUGAUUUUUAAAUAAAAUCACUAAAUUUCA